AAGCGGCGCUCCGGGCGCCCCAUCGAGCGUUCUCUCUCCAUUGGUGACUGUAUUUCUCCAAUUCCAUCAACUCCAUCUUUGCCACCAUGAGCCAGCAACUGAGCAUCAAGUCUCGUGGCGACAAGGGUGGCUUCAGUGGGCGCUCGGCAGUGGUGCUGAGGAAGGCGGUGGGCAGUGCGCCUUCUUACCGUGCAGCUGGCAAAGGAGCAGGGGCUGGCUUUGGCAGUCGAAGCCUCUAUGGUCUCAAAGGGAAUCCGUGUAGUUCCCUCAGCGUGGCUGGUGGCGGUGUUUGGACUGGAGGUUACAGCUUCGGGCUUGGCUCUGGGUACGGAGAGGGCCAGGCCAGGGGCUUUGCUGGCAGCAUGUUUGGCAGUGUGGUCCUGGGGCCUGUGUGCUCAUCCAUGUGCCCACCUGGGGGCAUCCACCAGGUCACCGUCAACAAGAGCCUCCUGGCCCCGCUCAACGUGGAGCUGGACCCCGAGAUCCAGAAAGUGCGGGCGCAGGAGCGGGAGCAGAUCAAGGCGCUGAACAACAAGUUUGCCUCCUUCAUUGACAAGGUGCGGUUCCUGGAGCAGCAGAACCAGGUGCUGGAGACCAAGUGGGCGCUGCUGCAGCAGCUGGACCUGAGCAACUGCAAGAACCACCUGGAGCCCAUCCUCGAGCGCUACAUCGGCAACCUGCGGAAGCAGCUGGAGGCGCUGUCCGGGGACAGGGUGAGGCUGGACUCGGAGCUGGGGAACGUGCGGGACGUGGUGGAGGACUACAAGAAGAGGUACGAGGUGGAGAUUAAUCGGCGCACAGCAGCUGAGAAUGAGUUUGUGGUGCUCAAGAAGGAUGCAGAUGCAGCCUACACAGCCAAGAUGGAGCUUCAGGCCAAAGUGGACUCUCUGGACAAAGAUAUCAAGUUCCUCAAGUGCCUGUACGAUGCGGAGAUGGGCCAGAUCCAGACUCACACCAGUGAGACCUCCGUCAUCCUGUCCAUGGACAACAACCGGGACCUAGACCUGGACAGCAUCAUCGCCGAGGUCUGCGCCCAGUACGAGGAGAUCGCCCUGAAGAGCAAGGCCGAGGCCGAGGCGCUGUACCAGACCAAGAUCCAGCAGCUGCAGCAGGCAGCCGGUUGGCAUGGUGAUGACCUCAAACACACCAAGAACGAGAUGUCGGAGCUGAACCGGCUCAUCCAGAGGAUCCGGUGUGAGAUAGCAAAUGUGAAGAAGCAGUGUUCCAACCUGGAGACAGCCAUCGCCAACGCCGAGCAGCGGGGGGACAAUGCCCUGAAGGAUGCCCGGGCCAAGCUGGAUGAGCUGGAGGCCGCCCUGCUCCAGGGCAAGGAGGAGAUGGCCCGGCUGCUGAAGGAGUACCAGGAGCUCAUGAGCCUGAAGCUGGCCCUGGACAUGGAGAUCGCCACCUAUCGCAAGCUGCUGGAGGGCGAGGAGUGCUGGAUGUCUGGUGAGAAUCCUUCCUCUGUGAGCAUCUCUGUCAGCAGCAGCAGUACCAGCGGCUUUGGCUACCACCCUGGCUCCUCGGCGAGCGCCAACCUCGGGGCCAGCGCCACGGUGGGCAGCUCCGGCAGUACCCGAGGCGGGCAGACCAGGGCCAAAGGAGCACGAGCGGGAGACCCCGAGGACUCCCAAGGCGAAAGCGCCCCAGUCACCGGCCCGGCCAGGAAAGCCGCUCCGUAAGCCCCAAGUCCCCACUCACCUCAGCACCUGGGAGAAGAGACGCUCCUGCUGCCGCCCUGCCUGAAGAUGUCUGCCACGCCCACCCUCCCUCCGAGUCCUGGGACCGCUCGGCCACCUGCACACACCAUGGCUUGUCUCCCUGUCAAGUUCUGAUUGGCGCCAUCACCUCCCCAUUUCCUCUGGUCCCGUGCGGACUUUGUGACUGCCCCUCUCCCCUGCUGCCUUCAGCUGGUAGGAGGCUUUGGGGCACAGGCUGUAAUUACCUCCUUGGCCCUGGGAAGCUGUGAUCAUCCCUGGAGAGAGAGAAGAGGAGGGAGGACAGGGAGAAGGAGGGGUGGGGCAGGGGGGUCGGGGUAGUUUCGUUCUGUGCUGCGGUGGAGUCAGCAGUGGUGCACAGGCUUACUUCCGGUGAACCCGGAGAUGUGCAACCAAGAGGUGAUAGCUGCUCCUCUGUGUUAAGCACCCAUUACAUGCCAGGCUCCCUGUUUCCAUUGCCUCUAAUUCUCACCCAAUCCUGCAAAGUGGAUGCAAUCAGCAUCCUUGGGACAGAUGAGAAGCUCCAGCCUCUGAGAGGCUGCAGAGCUUGCCCCCAUCACUCACUGUGUGCCAGGGUCAGGAGUUGAGCCCAGGUAGGGCCGACUCCAGGGUCUGUGUGCUUCCCAUGGCACACUCGCGCCUCUUUAACAAAGGGAAUGUCAGAUUCAUGGUUCUUCUGAUGAGGGUAGCUGACUUAGGUUGCCUUUCUGUUAGUGGGUAUGUGGUUUCUCUUUGGGCCUCUCUCUGGGACUGUGUCCUGUAGAAGCUUCUGAUUCUCAAUUCCUGUUGCCAGAAGCUGUGUUCAGUGAAGGGAAUUUAAUCUGUCUCUGGUGGUACCGCCCAGUCCAGAAGUCCUAGCUCUUGUUGUAAAUGUUUCUAAGAAUGGCAACACCCAGUUCCUCCUUUGCUUAAGUGAAGAACUCUGAAUUUCUGCUGUGUAUUCAAUAAACUGCCCUGGAGUAAUGU